CUUGGUUGCGAAACAGCGGCAGGCUGCUGCUCCGCUCGACUGUCUCUGUCCACAAUCUGAGGACAUUAUUUAACUUUUUAUCCUUUAUUUUAAACCACCGGGACUCCACACGGGGCUUUUCUUUGUAUCGGUCGCUGCCUCAGAGCAACUUGCCAUGAGCAUCACCCGGCUGGAGACCUAAACACUGGGUCUGGAAGAGGUGAAGAUGCCUCAUGGACCGCUCCAUCACCGACAGUGCGCCAGUUCAGGGCAUCCCAAACGCCGAAUAACAAAGAAAUGCCGAGGUUUAGCGCCAGAUGGAUGGUUGCGGUGGUGCUGAUUCUCCUGGUCAGCGGUGCUUUCUUCUUCUGCGAGUAUCUCAUCUACUUCCCGACCAUCCUCAAGUGCGCCUGGCCGAAGAUCAGCCAUGCACGGGGUGGCGAGGGCAUCGACGGCCGGCCGAUGGACACUACGGUCCGCGCUAUGGUGCUGUCGGACACCCACCUCCUCGGAGCCGUCGGGGGACACUGGUUCGACAAACUGAGGAGGGAAUGGCAGAUGGAGAGGGCUUUCCAGACCGCUCUGUGGCUGCUCAGGCCCGAAAUAGUGUUUAUUCUCGGGGAUAUCUUCGACGAAGGCAAGUGGAGCUCGCAGAAGCACUGGGAGGACGACGUGCGCCGUUUCCACAGGAUGUUCAGACACACCACUGACACAGAACUGGUUGUACUGGUUGGAAAUCACGACAUCGGUUUCCAUUACGAGAUGGACUGGUUCAAGCUGCAGCGAUUUGAGAAAGUCUUCAAUGCUUCCUCCACACGGAUCGUCACCAAAAAGGGAGUCAAUUUUCUGCUGGUGAACAGCGUGGCCCUGCACGGCGACGGGUGUCCCAUCUGCCAGUCGGUGGAGAAGGAGCUGAUCAAACUCUCCAGAGACCUCAACUGUUCUCUUCAGAACUCGCAGUCCGGCAGCGGAGCGGCGGACAGCUGUGAGGGCUCGCAGCUCUAUCCUCCCACUCCUCCCAUCAUGCUACAGCACUAUCCUCUGUACAGAGUGAGCGACGCUGGCUGCACAGGACAGGACGCUGCACCGCCUGAAGAGCGACACCUGCUGUUCAGAGAGAAGUAUGACGUGUUGUCAAAGGAGGCCUCACAGAGGCUGCUGCAGUGGUUUAGGCCCCGCCUCAUCCUGAGUGGACACACCCACAGCGGAUGUGAGGUUCUCCAUGACAACAAGUACCCAGAAAUAAGCGUGCCGUCCUUCAGCUGGAGGAACAGAAACAACCCGAGCUUCAUCCUGGCGUCCGUGUCACCUGGCAGUUACACUCUGUCCAAGUGUUUCCUGCCGGAGGAGAGCACGGUGAUCGGCGUUUACUGCUCGGCCGGCGCCUGCAUGCUGCUGCUCUUCCUGGCUCACUGUCUGUGGAUGAAAGGCCUGCUGCAGUGCCUCAGCCUCUGCCUGCUGGGGAAGCACAAGUCCCUGUGACCCGCAGAGAGCACCAGGA